GUGUGUGUGCGUGUGUUUGUGCACACUAAUACGAUUUAGGCUGGAUUUGGACACUGAGGGUCAGUUCCUGGAGAUGCUGAGGAUUAGUGGUAACAGCUGUUGUUCUCCCCAUUAGAGAAAAAACUGAAAGGAGUAGAAAAUACUUUUGUUUAAGGGAUGUGUUUGCAACUCUGAGGGAGGAAGCCAUUCUGUCAAGCCUGAAGAAAAGUGUGUUCCUAGAGACAGGGUCUUGCUCUGUGCCCAGGCUGGAGUGUAGUCAUGUGAUCAUAGCUCACUGCAGCCUCGACCUCCUGGAUUCAAGUGAUCCUCCUGCCUCAGCCUCCUGAGCAACUGGAACUAUAGGAGAGGGCAGGACGAGGAUGCGGGCUGCCCUCGUGGGCUGGGCUUGUACCACCCUCUGCCUCGCUUCCUGCUCGUCUGCCUUUUCCCAUGGUGCCAGCAUGGUGGCCUGUGAGGACAUGCAGCCCAAGCACAUCCAAGCCCAGCCUCAGCACCAGGACACCCAACACGUCACCAUCCACACCCACAGGUCUUCCUAUGCACCAGGUGACAUGAUUCCAGUGACGGUGAGAAGCAGUCGUGAUUUCAUGGGAUUUCUCCUUCAGGCUCGAAGAGUGUCUGAUCAUCAAAUCGCUGGCACUUUCGUUCUCAUUCCUCCUCAUUCCAAACUGAUGUCUUGUUUUCAAGAGGCUGAUGCAGUCACCCACUCUGACAAGUCCCGGAAGAGAAACCUGUCGUUCGUGUGGAAGGCCCCUGCCCAGCCUGUGGGGGACAUUAAGUUCCUUUUAUCAGUAGUCCAGUCAUAUUUCGUUUACUGGGCAAGGAUUGAAUCAUCUGUUGUGUCUCAACAGACACAUAGCAGCGCCCAUUCUGACGACCGCACGGAGCCCAGAUUACUGAUGCCAACCCUUCAGCAGAGGCUGGGUGAUGUUGAAGGAGCUGCUCCAGCUCCCAGGGCCCCCAUCACUCUUCCACAGCAGCACACACAUGUCUUUGCUGUUGCCCUUCCUGGAGCUGCAGAGGAGGACAACCUAGAUCCUGUUCCUGCCAGUAUUUGGGUGACAAAGUUUCCUGGGGAUGCAGAGACUCUAUCCCAACCAUCUUCACACACAGCCACUGAAGGCAGCAUCAACCAGCAACCCAGCGGGGACAGCAAUCCGACCCUAGAGCCGUCCCUGGAGGUCCACAGGCUGGAGAGGCUCGUGGCUCUCAAGAGAGUCUCCUCAGAGAGUUUUGCUCCCAGCCUUAGCACCCAUCACAGAACUCAGGAGGAUCCCAGCUUUGAUUCACUGGAAACUUGCCUGUCCUCAGAUGGUGGUGAACAGGACAAGACGAAGGCCUCUAACAGGACCAUGACACAGCCUCCUCUGUCCACUGUCCAGCUUACCUAUCCCCAGUGCCUCUGGUCCUCUGGAACUUUCACAGGGAAGGGGGCCGGGGCAAGCAACCCAACCCCCGUCCUCCAGACCUCUGGCAUUUCUGGGCUACCUGCUGCUGGUGACCAGUCAGAGGCAUCCAGGGCCUCUGCCGGCUUCUUACCUCAGUCAAAGUACAAGGAGCUGAGAGCAGGGAAGGGAGAUAGAGAGGGUGGAGUGGGAUACCCUCGGCAGACCAACCCACCGCCUGACACUGGGCUAGAGGGAGCCCAGGCCCCUCUGGGGAUCCAGCUCAGAACUCCCCAGCUGGGAAUUCUGCUUUGCUUGUCAGCCACCCUGGGCAUGGCCCUGGCCACUGGCCUUCACUACCUGCACACCCAGUAUUGCCACCAGCCGACAGAAGUGUCCUUCAGUGAGCCCGCUUCAGAUGCUGUUGCCAGGAGCGACAGUGGUGAGACUGUGCACAUCAGGAAGAUUGCGGAGAACAGUUUUGUUUUGGUUCAAGCAGAGUACAACUGGAUCACUCCUUCUGUGGGCAGCAAGAAAACAGUCCUCUGAGAAGACUGUCACCCCAGACCUCUCAGUGGCCCUCCUUGGGCCCUGGAGAGUGUCCCAGACAGAGCACAGCUAAUGAGAAUACCUGAUGAAGACAGGGACUCAUUGUGCCUCUGUGAACAUGCAGUUAGUGGAGGAAGCCGGGAGAGGACAGUUUCAUCAACAGAGGGAGUUAUUCCUGAGCUUUGUUGUCUUAACAUCUGUAAUUGAGCUUCCUUUAUUCUUUUUGCAAUUAGACGUUCUGUUUGAAGACUUAAACUCAACACAAUGAAUAUUGUAUAACCCGCUCAUUAUCUAGACCCCUGUGGCCGCUAAGCUUCCUCUGUUGCCUUAAGGAAGCCAUAGAAAUAGAAAUACUGUCCCUCCUUAGUGUCUCAUCUCUUCUAACUCUUUGGGAAAAAAAAGUAAUGUUGGGUUGUGUCUCCUGCAAGAAAAAGAACUGCAGCUCUCACUUUGCCUUCCUAAACCACCCCCAAAGAAGUUUUCUUUUCAAAACUGAAUUCAACAACUUGCUAGAGUUCUGAUUUGGAUGACUAGGUGAACGCAAGUGUAUUUGGUGUUCUGGGCAACUCAGCAGUCUGGCAAAUCCACCAUGGAAAUUGAUCCAAAGUCAGGAAAGUUUUUGAGAGCUUGAUUGAACACAUCUUUAGGAAAACAAAUACAUGCAACACAAGGCCAUAAACACCAGAGUGGGGUAAGCAAGCCUUUUCAUCAGGUGUAAAUGGAUCUGAGACCUCCCAUCCAUUUACACUUGAUGGAAAGAUUCGUGUAUCCCAACAGCUAGCAGACAUACUACCUUUUGCCAAAGGUCAGGCUGAAAAACAUUAUUAUACCAGCAUUGUUUGAAGAACAGUCUUUACUUGUCUUUUCAGGGAAUAUCAGGAAGAAAGCUUCAUGGAUGAAGGCCAUCUAUCUGAUCUCAUAACCUUAUGAAGAUUGCUUUGAUUUAACAGUGGCUCCACAGAUACUAUCUGAGGUCAAAACAACAGAUCUGAAUACAACUCUUAAAUAUGCUCACCUAAUAUAGCACAUUGGAAUUAGCUGCCUUUUCAGAGUGAAACCUAUUAUAGAGUCAUCAUUCAUUUUAAUGCAGAAACAAAAAUCACUACAAAUUCGGAAAGGAUAUUUGUUUUUUGAACACCUAAUUCAUACAGGAACUGUGCUAAGAAAUUUGCAUAUAUCUCCACAUUUAACCCUCACAAAAAUUUAAUGAGGAAUAAGUUCAGUAGCUUUCCAAGGAGAAUGAGGCUUUCCUUAUACCUCAAUUUAACAGUUUUUAAAAACUGAGUGUUCAGGAAAGAGACAGCUCCUGCCUUUUCCACACCUCCCUUUAGCUCAUUGGUCAUCAAUUCCAAGACUCUCUCCUCCUGGAUUCUGGGCUAGAUAGCUCUGUUCCCUGGCUUCAGUCAUUAGAUGCAUGGAGACCUAGGUAAUUUGUGCAUUCACAAAUGAAAGUGUUCUAGGAAUGCUGUGGAAAGAAACAAAUGUACUGUAGUCUAAUAAGGCCACAGAUAUCCCUUCUGCAUGCCUAACCCUCUAAAAGACAUCCUCCCCAAGAAGCAAACGAGAGACCCCAUUAGUGGAGAGCUUUCAUCUGGCCACAUCACAUCAGAGUCAGAUGCACCAUGUAUGCAACUUUUUUAAGAUCUUUUCUGUCUAAGAGAGAAUUUUCCUAUGUAAACAGACUGUUUUGCUUAUCUAUUGAUGUGAACAAAUUACCUUCAGGCUUAGUAGUUGAAAAUAAAAUCACCACCACCACCACCAUUUAUCAUCUUUCAUGAUUCUGGGGUUGCCUGGGCUCAGCUGGGCAGUUCUUCUGCUCUCAGUGUUAUUGAAUGGGAUGGGGCAACCUAGUUGACUCCUUCACAUGGCUUGCAGUUGGUGUUGGCUGCCAGCUAAGGGCCCAAAUGGGGCUGCUGAAGAAUGUGGGAAGCAAUAUGUUUCUGUUCUUUGUGUCUUCUUAUGCCAUAUGGUGGCUGAGUUCCAAGAGGAUGUGUGCCAAGCACACAAAACCAAAGGCUGCAUAUCUCUUAAGACCUAGCCCUUGGAAGUUGUCGUAGUGAGUCACAGGACCAACCCUCAUUAUUCAAAAGGAAGGGCAACAGAUUUCACUUUUUGAUGGGAGAAGUGACAGAGGAUUUGCAGCCAUCUUUAAUUAACUUUCCCUUCUGCUUAGACUGCUGAUCUGCCAUGGGGGGAUUGUGUGAGACUUGAAGAGAUGCCAUUCAUCCCUGGGUGAUGAGGGAGGAACAGCUACAAAAUUGCUCAGCCAACCUCUUCUUGGAGGAAAGAAGACACAGAUGCUUCAUAAAGACAAGGACUUUGUUUUGUUCACUGCUAUAUUCCUAGUACAUGGCUUGGAGUCCACUAUUCCUAGUACAUAAAACUCAGGGCUCCAACAAACAGGGAUUGAAAACCAUGAACAACGCCUUCAGAUGAGGAGAACAAGGCCACGGAGAGGUCAGUCCAACAGCAAAUCCAGAGAGAGCCAGGAAUCAAGCAGAAAAAUGGCCUGGAAUGAUCACUUUACAGCCACCCUGGGAAUGAGGAGGAUGAUAGGACACUGGAGACUGCCACCAUCUUGAACUCACUGCCUUCCUUCCUGUGGGCUCUGCAUUUUCCUUCCUUCAAAUGGCAUCUUGGGAGCAUCUUCCCCCCUCACCUGAUGAUAGAUGGCUUCUGCAAAGUGUUUUGUUGCUUUAUAUAGGGAAGAGGGUGCCUGGAAAUACAUUCUAUUGGAUAAUAAAGACUGUAUUUCCCUG